ACAACAGAACCCUAGAAUACUGAGUUACCAGUCCUGCCCUUCCUGCAACCAAGUCUCACUAAUGGCUACAAUGUCAAACUCAAUUGUGACAUGAGGCGGGGGUCUCAUCACUGAUCAAGUUACAGUUGUCACAACUGAGUUUCCGUAAUGACGGCCAAUCAACUGAUUGAUAAGGAUAUAAAGGCCAAUCAUUCAGAAGACACACCAUAGUUGAAAAGUACACUGUUGAUGUCAUCCUGAGCAUCAACCACCUGAGCUACACAUUUUCCAAGUUAUUUCCAGAGGGAAACAAUAUUUCAGGCUGAAGAGCCUUUGUCAGAGUAACUAGGGAGUCAGGCAAGCCGUAGAGGUUGUAACAGGCACAAAUCUGAGUUUCCUCAUUCUGCCACGUUUUUUAGAAGUUAUUUUUGAGCUUUAAUAACUUGCACAGGAAUGUUAGGCUCCAUUGAAUGGCUCUGUGCCUGGACGACAGAAUUUCCUCAAGGUUACACAGCUCCCCUUUACAAUAGACUGUCUGGUUGCUGCUUUCCACUUCCCCUUACAGUUGUCAUAUAGUCUGUACAGUAAUGUCGGUGUGUGUUUAAGUUGAUAACAUUCCAAGAACCUAGUCUGUUGCUAAAACUAGCUGCACUAUUGUGCUUAUUUGUCUCAAAUGUAUUACACUGCAAGAGAAUGGGCUGAACUGUAUCCACAGGCACAUGCCCUUCCUGUGCUGUAAAUAAUGUUUUUCCCCUAUAGCAUUCAAGAACCUGCACCCACAUUGUUUUAUUGCUUGUGUUACUGUAAUGGGAUAUGUACGGUGCUUUGUUGGCAAGGACUGAUCACUAUACUUGGAAGCAACACCACUGAAUCAACAGUUCAUCAUUGCUUUCAUUUCUUCUAAGUGUGCACAGCACGAUCCAGAAUAUGAGAGGAGGUGUGAUCAUCUGCUUCCUCAUGGCUACAAUACUCACAGAGUUAGCCUGCUGGGAACACAGCACAGUUGAACCAAACAGAGAAACAAUGGCGAGUCUGCUGCCGUCACUGACUGAGUCACGUUCCAUAAUAAUGUCAGCACAGUAUAAGUGUUACUUAAAAAUCAUCAGAGAUCCACCAUAUGAAACAAAAGGGUCCUACUGCAAUCGUACCUGGGAUGGAUGGCUCUGUUGGGAGGACGCUCCUGCCAAGUCAACCUCUGUGCAGCAUUGCCCUAACUACUUCCAGGACUUUGAUUACACGGAAAAGGUCACCAAGAUUUGCACCGAGAAAGGAAGGUGGUUCCAACAUCCAGAGAGCAACCGAACAUGGACUAACUACACCCAGUGUACAGCAUUUACUGAGGGGAAACAGAUGACUGCAACAAACCUCUAUUACGUGGCCAUCACAGGACAUGGAAUCUCCAUCACGUGCCUAUUGAUUUCCCUUUGUAUUUUCUUCCAUUACAAGAAUCUCAGCUGUCAGAGAAUCUCACUGCACAAAAGCCUCUUUGUAUCGUACCUCCUCAACUCCAUAAUCACCGUCAUUUGGCUGUCAGCGGUGGCGAACAACAAGGAUCUGGUGGAAAGGAACCCUGUUGGCUGUAAAAUAUUACUCUUUGUUCACUUGUACUUGAUUGGAUGCAAUUACUUCUGGAUGCUGUGCGAAGGGGUCUACCUACACACUCUCAUUAUUGUGGCUGCAUUUGUGGAGGAGCAAAAUUUAUUCUGGUACUACGUACUUGGAUGGGGGUUCCCGCUGAUUCCAGCCAUUAUACAUGCGAUUGCCAGGAGCAUGUACUAUGAUGACAAUUGCUGGAUGAGUGCUGACACUGUUCUUCUGUACAUUGUCCAUGGCCCAAUCUGUGCUGCAUUACUGGUCAAUCUGUUCUUUCUGCUGAACAUUGUUCGUGUCCUUAUCACCAAGCUGAGGGUGACACACCAGGUACAAUCUAAAGUCUACAUGAAGGUUGUCCGAGCCACACUGAUCCUUGUGCCACUCCUGGGGAUUCAGUUUAUUCUGAUUCCAUCCAGACCUGAAGGACAGCUGAUUGAGACGAUUUAUGAUCAUGCGAUGCACAUUUUUUCACAUUAUCAGGGUUUACUGGUGACAUUGAUAUUCUGCUUCUUUAAUGGAGAGGUACAAAUUGCAUUGAAGAAGCACUGGUUAAAGUAUAAGGACCAGAGCAAACACCAGUUUAAUAACAUGGAUGGUUCCCAUUCCAACGCUACAUCAAUGUCAGAGAUUACCCGAAACUCUCUGGCACAGUCCAUCAGCAACAACCGAACCAAUGGCAAGAGUUGGUGUGAGAAUAUCCCACUGAAAGAAAUAGGCAACCCUGUGUGAGGGGUUUCCUUACCCAACUUCUUUAAAGAUUUUUUUUCCACAUCCAGGGGAAAGUGUGUGUAUAUAUCAAGUCGUAUUCUUGAAUUGUGGUAAUAUCUCCAAGCUCCAUUUAACAGAAGGAGGUGCAGUCUGUGUGGAUCAGAAAUACACAGACAUUUUCUUCAGAACAUAACAUCUUACUUCUGGUUCCAUUGAACAAGUACCAUUAAAACUCUCUCUACACUUGACUAUGAAACUAACUCAUUGUGUCUGUUCCCUUGAACAGUUUGACAGGCCAAGGUAAUUGUAAUUAAAACGUCACCUGAGGGGAAAAGCUCUUAAAGUUGGAAUUUCAGAUAUGGUGAGAACAGUUCAACAAUGUACAUUUUGAUAGCAGCUUCAACUUGGGAAAAUGUUUCAAGGUGCUUCAUUUUUUUUUUGCCAAAUAGCUCUGUAAGACCUUGGGAAACUUGUGAAGAAACUGUUUGAGAUGAGGUGGCUCUGAGUAGAGUGACUGCCUGACUAACCAGUAAUGUACAGGAUAGGAGUGUAAGACAGUUUCUAUGUACCUUCCUGGGCUGCUGAGCUUUAGAGCUGUUGUUUGGGAGUCUAAUAUGAUUGUUUCCUUUGUCUUUUAAUGAUUUUACUGGUUCCAAUGAACAUUUCUGCCUCAGGGACUUGGACAGUCAAAUCCCAAAUUUGAAACUACUUUCCAUGAAUAAAGGCUAUCCUAGGUACCAAUUGAAUUGGAGCUUCAUUCAAAGUGGCCGUUUUCUCAAAUUCUCCUGUAUUUGCUUUGAAUUGUUAAGGAUUAAUCAUGUCAAACUGCUCCAAGAAUCACAAAUACUGCAAUUAAAAUUAGCUUUGUACAUUGCUGCCCCUUUCUCUGGGUUGGGAUAAGUGACUUCUUUUAAAUCGUACCCAUAUCAGGGGAGCAUGUCAAUUUGUGAGGUUUGCACUUGUGUCUGUCUUUAUCCCUAAUAUUGUUAAGACUUCUGCAGUUACUUCCUAGAAUUAUUCUUAUAAGCUGACUGGCUUUGGAGGAAGAUUUCAGAAGUGUGUAUACAAAAAUCAAUCUGCAACCGGAUUGAGCAUUACCUCAACUGGAACAAGUAAUUGAAUCAUGCUGCCAUGAUAGUUGACUGUGCACUCCUGUUAUUUAUAUUAUCCACAUAAAAUGGUCAUUGUGUUGAAAAAGCAAUGUCACCAGGUACCACACCACCACUGGAUCUUCCAAGAAAAGCCUUUACUCAAUAACCAUUUUCUGAUCUUUAAGUUUUUCAGGAUUUCUCUCUAAAUCUGUAUGGAACAACACCACAGUAAUCCAAGGGACAACAUUGGCAGUGAUCCUGCCCUAGUGACAUGAUGAAAAGACAGAAAUAAGGGCCUGGAUUUAAUUGUUACAUUGUCGUUCCUUUCCACACCUUAGGUGGCAGCCUGUUUCUUUAGCAUUUGUUUUCUCCCCCCCCGAGGCUGAGUUGUUAGUUUGACGCUCAGCCCAGUGCGGAUGGAAAGUGUACAAGGAGCUGGCCAGAUUCGAACCUGGGACACUUGCCUUGAAGUCUGUUGUGAAUGCCACCACACCACCGGCGGGCUAAUUGUUGAGUUAAUUAAUGUCGUGAUACUUGUCCUGGAUUUAUUUCACAUGCUGAAUGAAGAAGUAUUUUAUUGAAUGAAUCACGAGAUUCUGCAGAUGCUGGAAAUCUGGAGUACACACACACAAUGCUGAAGGGAGUCAGCAGGUCAGGCAGUGUCUAGGUCUUUGGAGAGGAAUAAACAGUUGACGUUUCAAGUUGACACCCUUCAAGUCCAAAACGCAUGACAUAAUUUUUCACUAUUUAGUUUCACUAUCAUGCCAUUUUAGUAAUCAUUUUGAAGUUUGUUACUAUCCAGUUCAACUGAGUAGUGGUUCUAAUGACAGUUCCUGUGGAACAUCACUGUAUACUUCCCUCCGGUCUGAAAAUCAACUAUUCAGCAGUGCUUUCUGUCUGCCACUGUUGUAUCUAUGCUGUAAUUGUCACUUCAAUCCCCUCAAUUAUGAACCUGAUUUUCCAUAUUCUACUUUCUGCUAGCAUGUUAAUCUCUCAGCUAAGUCACGCGGGCAGCUAGAACUUUCAAUUGCCUUCCUCUCUACUUCAUAAACCCAUUGUGUACCUGAACAAUUUGAAAUGUUUCAUAACUGGGCCAGAUCAUGUUGGUUUGCACUACUCAGUUUGUUAGCUCACUGAUACAAUUCCACUUGCUUCACUUCGUUUCCCAGAAGUAAAUCCAGCAUUGCAUGUCCUCGUUGGGCUGAGAAAUCAGGAAAUUUCUGUUAUAUGUGUACAUUUCAUGCAUUCCCCUCCCUUUUGCCCUUUGCAGACAGCCCAUCUGAGAUAAUUAAUUCUAAUCACAUGGACUUCGUCUACACUGCCUUUUUCCGGGGCUCUAAGACACCACUGAUAGAUAAUGCUAGAAACACUCAGAUCGCACCAUAUCACGGUCAAAGAAAUAAAACUAACAAUUUAAGUCGAAGAUCUUUCUAUGUUCUAACGAAGUGUCUACAACCUGAAACAUUAACUGUUUCUCUCAGUAUAGAUGCUGCCUGACCUAAAUCUUUUCAGCACCCUCAGUUUAUUGUUAUUUCCUUCCUCAUCCUCCAGCCAUCUUUGUGUUUCUUGCAGCCAGGGAUAUUGCUACAGAUUGGCCAUGUAAAAAACUUAAGUCUGCACCUCACCAAUUUUUUUUUACCUACUAUGGAUUUACUCAUGUUAAUUUCAAACCUGGGGGUGCUUUACAUUUGUCUCUCGUUUUCCCAUCUCCAUUUCUGAACUAUUCUCAGCUUGUGUAAAUUGUCAGAUUAGUUUAACUGGCGACCGUCCACUGUCCCAAAAUCUUCACUUACACUGAGGAGCAUUCCAUGAAUAAAUUGUUCUCAGAACUAAAGGUCUUUUCUAAAAAAAAAUCAAGUGUUAUGAAUACAUUUUAGCAUUGCCAACUUACAAUAUGUUGUUUCAUGUGUAUUUGUCUGACAAGCUUUUUAACUAAUCCACUGUUGUACAAACAAUAAAAAGAAAAAUAAAUUACCCAAAAGCAUCAAAUUCAUUAUAUCAAUUCAUGACCCUGACUUGCUUCUCUUUACAGUUUCAGAUGUGAGACCUGCUUCCAG